UUGAAUCUAACCACGGUGAUUGCGACCGGUUUUGGCAACUUAGAUUUCGGUAAAGUUACUAGUUUCGAUACAAACUGGUUAUUCUUCCAUCAAAAAUUUCGUUGCAGCUUAUGAAAGUUCGAACCACCUGAUGAAGGUGCGUCUUCAAAUCAAAGAGAGGGAAUCCUGUGUGAAAAAGUUUAAGUUUCAAAGAAAAUUUCGACUUGGCAUCCAAAACAAGCAGCUGUGCAUUGGAAGUCAGCAGAACGGGACGGACACCUGCCAGGGGGAUUCCGGAGGACCGAUCCAGACCAUUACGGACCCCAAGUCGUGCAUGUACCACGUCGUGGGAGUGACCUCAACCGGUGCUAGUUGUGGAGGAGGAAAGGCGGACAACGUUUACAUCCAGGUGGCAAGCUAUCUGGACUGGAUUGAGCGCAUCGUGUGGUUGGGAGAGCGUGCUUGACGAACUUGAAGAUUUUAGAAACUUUA